GCAGGGAGCGCGCGCUGCAACACAUCUCCUGAAGCAAGGCUGACUAGAGGGACGCAGGGUGGGAGGGAGAGAGAGAGAAAGCAAAGCAAAAAAUAUAUAUAUAAAUAUAAAGCCUUGCCCUCCUCGCUGCAAAUCGCAAAUGAAUUGUCUGAGGCCGGGAUCGGGUGGAAGCGUUGCAGAGAUCAGGACUUUUGGCUGUUAUCGUGCAGUGCUCUGUGCUUGAGGAACCCGGGGCACAUCUUGCUAUGGCGCAAGGAAAUAAUUAUGGGCAGAACGCUAGUAACAACGGGACGGCGGAUGAAUCGCCCAACAUGCUGGUGUAUAGAAAGAUGGAAGAUGUCAUCGCACGAAUGCAAGAGGAGAAAAAUGGCAUUCCAAUCCGGACAGUCAAAAGUUUUUUGUCGAAGAUUCCCAGUGUAUUUUCUGGUGCAGAUAUUGUGCAAUGGCUAUUGAAGAAUCUGAACAUUGAAGACCAAGGUACAAUUACUGAGAUUCAAGCUGUGGAAGCCCUGCACCUUGGAACAUUAAUGGCAGCUCAUGGCUACUUCUUCCCAAUCUCAGACCAUGUACUGAUGUUGAAAGAUGAUGGGACCUUCUACAGAUUUCAGACACCGUACUUUUGGCCAUCCAAUUGUUGGGAGCCAGAAAACACUGACUAUGCGGUUUAUCUCUGCAAGCGAACAAUGCAAAAUAAAGCCCGGUUAGAGCUGGCGGACUAUGAAGCUGAGAGCCUGGCCCGUCUACAGAGAGCAUUUGCUCGAAAAUGGGAAUUUAUCUUCAUGCAAGCGGAAGCCCAAGCAAAAGUUGAUAAGAAAAGAGAUAAAAUUGAAAGAAAAAUUCUUGACAGUCAAGAAAGAGCAUUCUGGGAUGUACACAGACCUGUGCCAGGAUGUGUAAAUACUACAGAAGUCGACAUCAAGAAAUCAUCGCGAAUGAGAAAUCCUCACAAAACAAGAAAGUCUGUCUAUGGGCUACAAAAUGAUGUCCGAGGUCACAGUCCCACCCACACACCUGCUCCAGAAGCAAAGCAACCAACAGUAGAAGAAUUACAUCAACAGAUAAAAUUCUGGCAAAUGCAACUGGAUAGGCAUCGGUUAAAAAUGUCCAAAGUUGCAGAGAGCCUGAUAGGGUACGCAGAACAAUACAUGGAAUUUGAUCCAUUCCUCAUAAAUCCUGAACCUUCAAACCCAUGGACGUCUGAUGAUAUUUCCUUCUGGGAACUGGAAGCGAGCAAGGAACCAUAUGGACAGAGGGUAAAGCGAUGGGGUUUCUGCAUUGAUGAAGUUUUAAAAGAUCCUGUUGGCCGUGAACAGUUCCUUAAGUUUGUGGAGUCUGAAUUCAGCUCUGAAAACCUUCGGUUUUGGUUAGCGGUCCUGGACUUGAAGAAAAGGCCCAUCCGUGAGGUGCCAUCACGCGUUCAAGAAAUCUGGCAAGAGUUUUUAGCCCCGGGAGCCCCGAGUGCUAUAAACGUGGACUCCAAGAGCUACGAUAAGACCACACAGAAUGUGAAAGACCCGGGAAGAUAUGCAUUUGAAGAUGCCCAGGAGCACAUUUACAAACUGAUGAAAAGUGAUUCCUACCCACGUUUCAUACGUUCCAGUGCCUAUCAGGAGCUGCUCCAGGCUAAAAAAAAGGUAAAGUCACUUACUUCAAAGCGGUUGACAAGCCUGGUGCAGUCUUAUUGAUACACAUACUCGCACUUCAGCUGAGGAACGGACCUGAUCAGUUGUUCAAAGUUAUAAUUCACUGUGUAUCCUGAACCAAGAAGGCAUUGUACCAUUCUUUGCAUGAAUGAGGAACUGACUUUUUGUUUCCUCCAUGUGUGCACAAAGACAUUGCAGUCAUGUAUUGAGAGGGUGGGUAGAAGGGGCGAUUGUUCCCCCAAAUCUUUUUUUGUUUCCUUCAUACAGUGCCAUAUCAACCAGGCUGUUGUGUGCUGUGUCUCCAUUGAUAACAAGUUAAGGUUUACCAUAAUAUUAAAACUCCCAUUUUGAAGAUGAAUCACACACCAGAUUACAUCUGAAAAUUAUUAAAUGAUUAUGAUUCAUACACUGAAAUAGUAGAAAAAAUUAUUAAGUACAUAGUACAUAUGAUAUUGUCCAAAUGUUUAUAUUGCUUUCACAAAAGACAAUGAGCAGAGAAAGAUACAAGGGCUUGUUAGAGUAUCCUUGAUGGGAGUCAUCUGUGCUAAUAUUUUUAUGUUUUUCUGUCUUAUUUUUAUACAAUACAAUGAAUUCACUAUUUAUUCCAAAUUUAUUAUAGUUUGUCUUUUACUCUUUAUUUUUUCACAUUCAUUUAUUUUCACAUGGUUUUUAUUUAUAUUGGGUUUUUCACUAUUUUUUUUGAUACUGUUUCACAAGAUGAGAACCAUUGUGUUAAUUAAAUCAGUGAGUUUCAGUUCUUAAAGGUCAAAGCAUUUAUAUGAUAUCGCAAAUGACUAGCCAAUCUUGCUUGAAAAAUAUUAUUUAAAAAUACACAGCACCAUAGAGAUAUUUUGUAAAUUUCAGGUUUAUUUCUUAAUAACUAGUCGUCAAAAUAAAAUAAAUAUAAUGAGUUUAAAGUAGUUCAGAGUUUUUUUAAUAUUUUCUUUGUAAGAAAAUGGCAGUAUGUUGCAGAUAUUGCUGUAAAGCAGGCUUGUGUUUCAAUCAUUAACUUGUGACAAUCACCAAAAAGGAAUUCUUGCAGGAAUAUUAGCUUCACUCAAGGAUCUUACUUUCACUUUCACAUCUACUUGCCAACUCACUCAUUGAAAGGGAAGAAAGUCUCAGAUCAGCUGAUGAGGGAAGGAUGCCUGUUUUCGUCCAAACACGUCCAUGCUGACCAAGACACCCAUCUAAACUAGUACCAUUUGCCCACAUAUUAUCCAUAUCCUUCUAAACCUUUUCUAUCCAGGUACUUAUCCAAUUGCCUUUUAAUUAUAUCUAAGGGAAAUCCUGUCACUACAGUAUAAUAACCCCUUUAUAUAUGAUGUCGAGUCAAGAGACAACAGUAUUUUAUUGUCAUAUGUCCCGAAACAGAACAAUUAAAUUCUUACUUGCAGCAGCACAAUGAAAUGUAACCAUAAUAGUCUGCAAACAUCAUAAACAACAAAAAUGAUCAGUAUACGCAUGCACACACGCACACUCGCACACACACAUACAGCGUAAAGCCAGAACAACGUCUCCAAAUCGAUGUAGUUUAGAGCCUAUUUGGAGGUUGUGUUUAAUAACCUGAUAGUUAUAGGGAAGAAGCUUUUCCUGAACUUGUACAUUACAGUUUUCAUGCUCCUACACAUUCUUCCCAAUGGCUUCAAAUCUUUAUGAUCUUUGUCUAAUUAUCCUUCCUUUCCUACUCAUUACUUGCAAGUAGAACAUUUUCAUUAUUGAAAACAAAAACGGUAUUAUUGGAUUAAUUCAAUGUGAUGGAUACCUAGUAAGUGGUGAAGAUCGCUCAAUAGAAAAGUUGAACAAUCUCUGCGAUAGUUUAUGCAGAUGCAUAAGAGAUUAAUAAGGAGACCAAAUAAAAUAAAAAAUCUGGCUAGAGAGUAGGAGUAUUAAUGUAUCUGCCAUUCAGGAAUAAAAUAUUUCUUCCACCCAGGAGAAAUAGCCAAAUAAAACAGAUGAAGUCCCAACAGUGACCAACAACAAGCAUGGAAGGCUGUGGCCUUGAUAAAAAUGGAAAAGGAAAAUAAUAAUUUGAGUAAGGAGGUAUGGAACUGUUUCCUAAGAUGUGGUCAGCAUGAUGAUAUUGAAAAAGAUGACCCAAAGAUUGCACAGAACAAAAACAAGCGCAAGAAGAGAUUGAGUGUAGAAAUAUGUAAGGAAAGUCAAACAAAGAUAAAAUGAUCUUGCAUCAGAACCAUCUCCCACCAUCCAUGAAGAAAGUUUGUCAGGUGACCAAGGGAUUAUCUGUUCCACUGGUCAACAUGCUAAAUGCACUGCAGCUCAUCAGAUCUCUGCAUCAGGUAAAGCAACCUGAACCUCCAGAUUCACUUCAUAUUUCAAGAGAAGUUGAAUACACAGCAAUUAUGAAAUAUAGUCUUUGAAUCCUUAAAGAAAAAUAAUUAUAAUAAGAUAAAAAGCUGCCCUCAGUCACAUGUACCAAAGGCAAAUUGUAGAGCAGGGGACCUGCUGCCUCACAGCGCCAGAGACCCGGGUUUGAUCCUGACCUCAGGUGCUGCCUGUGCGGAGUUUAUACCUUCUCCUUGUGACUGCUUGGGUUACCUCCGGGUGCUCCGGUUUCCUCCCCCAUUUCAAAGACGGCGGGUUGGCAGUUUAACUGGCUUUUGUAAAUUGCCCCCAGCUUCAAAAGUGGGAUAACAUAGAAUUAGUGAGUGGGUGAUCAAUGGUCCGCAUGGACUCGGUGUGCCGACAUACCUGUUUCCAUGCUUCUUCUUCUUCUUAUCGAGUCCACACACAGGAUUAGAAGUUGCUCAGCCAGAGCUGAACACACCUCUCGGCAUCUGCACACAAUGGUGUCUGUCUUGUCACUUCUUGUGCUUCUUGUGCGUGGUGGUGGAAAGAUUGGUGGAAACAGGGCUGCGACGUGAACGCUCUUUCCUUGACCCCGUUUCCACGCUGCAUCUCUUAAAUAAAACCUGAAUUUUGGUUUCAAUGAUGUCAAGCGGUUUACGUUUCAGAUGCAGAUCAUUGUGUGGUAACUGCAUUUUGUGCUUUGCACAAUCUUUUUCAGUCGUCCAUAUUUCACUCUCUAUUUUCAUUCAUUUAUCUUGAUUUAAUAAACCAGCUCAUAUUCCCUUCCUACUAUUGACUCAACUUUUUUGUUGAGCAUACCACAUAAUUUUAAAUCCCUCUCAUUGAUUAUAAUCGGUCUUAGAAAAUCCAUUUUGCAUUCUGUCAGCUGAUGGAUUAGUGAUAUUGGAAAUAAUAGAUUUAAAGCAAAAUGUAUAAGAGCUGUGCAACUAAUCUCAACAUGUCAAGAAUCCCAAAAGCACAAAAAGAGAUUAUUUGCCAUGAUCCAGAUUGUAUGGUUUAGAGCCAUAAGGUCAUACAGCAUUGAAACUGGCCCUUUGGCCCAACUUGCACACACCGACCAACAUGUCUCAUCUACACUAGUCCCACCAGCCUGCAUUUGGCUCGUGUCCCUCUAAACAUAUCCUAUCCAUGUACCUGUCUAAAUGUUUCUUUGAUAGACACAAAAUGCUGGAGUAACUCAAAGGGUCAGGCAGCAUUACUGGAGAAAAGGAAUAGAUGUUGUCUCAGGUCAAGACCCUUUCUUCAGACUGAGAGUCAGGGGAGAUGCAGCAACUGUGGAUUGUUCUACCACAGAAGGUAGUUGAGGCCAGUUCAUUGGCUAUAUUUAAGAGGGAGUUAGAUGUGGCCCUUGUGGCUAAAGGGAUCAGGGGGUAUGGAGAGAAGGCAGGUACAGGAUACUGAGUUGGAUGAUCAGCCAUGAUCAUAUUGAAUGGCGGUGCAGGCUCGAAGGGCCGAAGAAUAGCUUACUCCUGCACCUAUUUUCUAUGUUUCUAUGUUUAACUCUAUCACUGUGCCACCACAAAAGCCCAGCUACAAAGGUUGAUUAUUACCAACCACAAAUAUAUGCCAAAACUCUAGCAGCGUGACAUCAUUCCUGCUUCCUCACCAAUCCACCCUCGUAGUGAGAUGGCGCAGCAGUAGAGUUGUUGCCUUACAGCAAAAUGCAGCGCCAGAGACCCGGGUUCGAUCCCGACUACGGGUGCUGUUUGGAGUUUGGAGUUUGUAUGUUCUCCCCGUGAUCUGCGUGAGUUUUCUCCGAGACCUUCGGUUUCCUCCAACAGAUGUACAGGUUUGUAGGUUAAUUGGCUUGAUUAAUUGGUCCGAGUUCCUGGUCCCAGGACACUGAUGCAAUUAUCAAGAAAGCACAUCAGCGCCUCUACUUCCUGAGAAGAUUACGGAGAGUCGGUUUCUCAAGGAGGACUCUCUCUAACUUCUACAGGUGCACAGUAGAGAGCAUGCUGACCGGUUGCAUCGUGGCUUGGUUCAGCAACUUGAGCGCCCUGGAGAGGAAAAGACUACAAAAAGUUGUAAACACUGCCCAGUCCAUCAUCGGCUCUGACCUCCCUUCCAUCGAGGGGAUCUAUCGCAGUCGCUGCCUCAAAGAGGCUGGCAGUAUCAUCAAGGACCCACACCAUCCUGGCCAUCCAGGUAGAAGGUACAGGAGCCUGAAGACUGCAAUGACCAGGUUCAGGAAUACCUACUUCCCCACAGCCAUCAGGCUAUUAAACUUGGCUCGGACAAAACUCUGAACAACAUUAUCUGUUAUUUGCACUUUAUCAUGUGUGUAUAUAUUUAUAUAAUGGUAUAUGGACACACUGAUCUGUUCUGUAGUCAUGCCUACUAUGUUCUGUUGUGCUGAAGCAAAGCAAGAAUUUCAUUGUCCUAUCAGGGACACAUGACAAUAAACUUUCUUGAAUCUUGAAUCAUAAUUGGCAUGAUAAUAUGUAAAAUUGUCCAGUGCUGAAUGAUGCUCUACCUGGAGUUUAUCAGCGUACUACAUCCAGAUCCAGAUCCGGACAGUCCACUGAAUCCAAAUUAGCCUUUCGCCCAUACGUGAUAUCCAUAAUGACUGUUCAUCUUAAUUUCACGUCCAGAGUUGACAGGAUUCCGAAAGAGGAGACAUUAACAAUCAAAAUGAAGUAUUUGUGCUUAUUGGAAGCAAGUAUUUGGCAUGCUUCCCAUGGCAUUACACUUGUGCAAAGGAACAAAUGGAAAAUUAUGCAUGUGUCCGAUGCCUGUGUUACAUUCUCAGCAAGUGCCAAAAAAGUCUAUUUCAUCUCUUGGUAUAUUUUGGAUUUAAGCUCAAAUUCCAGAGGUGAAAAGAUACCUGGGCUAAUGAAUUUAUCAUUAUUCCCUGUCCCUAUUCAAACUGUAACAUCUUUCCGGAAUUACUUUAUUUCUAAUAUUAAAUCAUAAUUUGGAAUACUGCCAAUGCUACUUCUUAUUAUCAAGUCCACAUCACAAGAUUAGAAAUUGUUCAGCCAGAGCUGAACACACUUCUCGGCAUCUGCAUACUUGUGCUUAGGCUUCUUGUGCUUCUUGUGUGUGGUGGUGGAAAGAUUGGUGGAAUCAGGGCCACGACGUGAACGCUCUUUCCUUGACCCAGCCAAUGCUACUGAAAUCAGUAGUUUAAACAGGUACUAUCACAACAAGAAAGAAACAUAAGUGGCAGAGACCCAGGUUCGAUCUCGAUCACGGGUGCUUUCUGUACAGAGUUAGUAUGUUCGUCAUGUGACCUUGUGGGUUUUUCCAGGUGUUCGGUCUCCUCCCACAUUCCAAAGACAUACAGAUUUGUAGAUUAAUUGGCUAUACAUUAAAACUGUCACUAGUGUGUAGAAUUGUGCUAGUGUAUAGAGUGAUCGCUGGUUGGCACAGACCUGCACUGUAUCUCCAAAGUCUGAAGCCUACUGUAGAUUAAUUUACUUUGGAUCAUGUCCGUGGGUCCAUUUAUGAGUCCAUGCAUUUUUGAUCUUUUGAACAUAUAACUUAUGAAUGCCUGAUUAGCUAUGAAUGAGGAUAUUGUAAUUAUAUUAGUUGUGAAUAGGUCAUAACAGGUGAAACAAGGCAAAAGGUGUUUAGUUUAACAGAUGCCUCAGAUGGCCAGCAUUGGGUAAAGUACAGACUUGUGUCAUGCAGAGCAACAACAGUUAGAAGCCACCUACCUUCUGACAAAUUUAUUUAUUCCUGUUGAAUCUCCCUAAUCUCAUACAUCACUUUUAAGUCAGCAACAACAUUAAGUAUUAGUCUGGAAGGUAUCUAGUUCUUCUUGGAAGGUAUUUUGACUUUGCUGGUAGGUUUUUAGCCGGCCUGCUCUAACAAACUCAAUGAAAUGGGCGGCACAGCGGUGGAGUUGAAGCCUUACAGCGCUCGCAGCGCAAGAGACCUUUGUUCAAUCCCGACUACAGAUGCUGUCUGUACGGAGUUUGUAUGUUCUCCCCGCGACCGCGUGAUUUUUGUCUGAGAUCUUUGGUUUCCUCCCACACUCCAAAGACGUACAGAUUUGUACGUUAAUUGACUUCGUAUAAGUGUAAAUUGUCCCUAGUGUGUGUAGGAUAGUGUUAAUAUGCGGGGAUUGCUGGUCGGUGAAAACUAUGUGGGCCGAGGAGCCUGUUUCCGUGCUCUAUCACUAAACUAAACUAAAAUGGCUACCAUAUACCAGUCAGUGGCAUUAAGACCAGUGAUUCUACCAAUCAUGACUGUUGUUGGCACUUUCAUUCUUUACAGCUCAUAUUUUACAAAAAAAACCUCCACACUCAAUCAAUACACCAAGCAUGAAUUAUUUAAAUUUUAUCCUUUCCAGAUGGAUGGUAAACCUUUGUAGUUCAUUGGUCUUAUUUUCAGUUAUUUCUCUCUAGGCAAGAACACAUGGGGCAGAAUUAGGCCAUUCAGCCCAUCGAGUCUGCUCUGCCAUGGCUGAUUUAUUUUUCCUUCUCAAUCCCAUUUCCUACCUUCUCUCCAUAACCUUUGAUGCCCUUACUAAUCAAGAACCGCUUUAAAAAUACACAAUGACUUGUCCUCCACAGCAAUAGAUUUUGCAGGUUCUCCACCCUCUGUUUCUUGUACAUUGUGAUAGUACCUGUUUAAACUACUGAUUUCAGUAGCAUUGGUAGUCUUCCAAAUUAAAAUGUAAUAUGAGAAAUAAAGUAAUUCAGGAAAGAUGUUGCAGGUUGAAUAGAGACAGGGACUAAUGAUAAAUUAAGAAUGAAAUUCUUCCUCAUCUCCAUUCUAAAGGUACGUCCUUUUAUUCUAAGGCUGAACUCUGUGGUUAUAGACUCUCCCAUUACUGGAGACAUCCUUUCCAUGUUCACUCUAUCUUAUAAGACUCCUUACAAAGGCAGUGACAUUGGGUGAAUCAAUCGAUGAAUAUCUGCUUCUGCCAGGGUCACUAUUAUUCUCAUUGAAUACCACAGAUCAAUGGGAAAGUGGCCUAUGUUCAAGUGUUGCCGUGAAAUGAUACAUUCGGCGAUACAACAGCUGGGUUACAGUUGUUAUCUUCAGUGAGAUAGAACAGAGUAACCCUUUCUGAAAGUACGAGUGCUUCACAUAAGCACUAAAUGCUUCCAUCUCCUCAAACUCAGUAGCAGUUGGCAUCGUGCAAAAUGUCCAUUUCAUGCCAAACUGAUAUUUUUUUGCUAUUGUGGAUUGAUAAAUUGCAACAUGACCAUUAAUUUCCCAUUUCGAUGGAUAAAAUCUUGAAUGGCUUUGCUGCUGCUAAGGAUAUUUUACACAUUGCAUAGACUGAUCCUGACAUCGAUUUGGAAGAGUCAAAGAGUCAUGACUAUAGAGUAAUGUGUAGGAAGGAACUGCAGAUGCUAGUUUAUACUGAAGAUAGACACAAAAUGCUAGAGUAACUCAGGCAGGCAGCAUCUCUAGAGAAAAGGAAUAGGUGCCAUUUUGGGUCAGAACCCUUCUUCAGACGUAUUUUUAUUAGGACACAUUGCACCACUUUCUUUUUUUUCCUGAAACAUAGAGACCAUCAGACCCUUUUAAUAGCAACUGAGUAAAUAUUUAUGCCAAAUUGUUUAAUGGUUGGCCACAUUUGUUUAAUGUCUACAUAAAGAGUAAAAUGCAACUUUCUUAUGAACUGUGUCACAGACUAUACUUGUAGAAGUAGCCUGGUUUAACACGGGUGUCCGUCAUUAAAAAAACAUCUUGUGAGAAAUGUAAAACAUAAGUAACUCAGAACUAUAAUUAAAUCUACACUGAUUAAAUGUAGAAGGAAAGCCUGAAUUAUUUCUAUAUCUUACAAAUUCUUCAGGAAUUAUGAUUACUCUUUAUAGAAUGAAAAUAAUAAAAUGUAGAUAAUUAUUGUCUUUGUGGUUGUAGUGGAUUAAGAUAAAACUUUCCAAAUCACGAUGUAUGGGUUAUAAAAAAACACUCACUCUUGCCUACAGCAGGGUUGCAUAUGAAUAUGUAUAAUUUUUCAACCCUUUGUACUCAUAGGUGAUAAUAUCAAAGCAGAAAUAUUCCUUCAGUUUAAAGCAAUCUUAGCAGUUCUAUGUACAGCAAUGGCGUCAUAACAAUUUUAUCUAUGCAGACUCUAUUUCACACAUUGGAAGUUCACUGCCUCUCAUAAUUUAGUUAACUAAAUCACAAGAAAUUGCGUUUUUGUUUGGGUAUUUUGGAACAUUAUGAGGCUUUAGGAUUGGUAAAGAAACCACAAGGCCCCCAAGCAAACAGUGUUGUCACUAUUAUUGCCUUAAGGUCAUAAGGAACAGGAGUAGAAUUAGGCCAUUCACCCACAAAGUCUACUCUGCCAUUCAAUCAUGACUGAUCUAUCUCUCCCUCCUAACCCCAUUCUCCUGCAUUCUCCCCAUAACCUCUGACACCCGUAUUAAUCAAGAAUCUGUCUAUCUCUGCCUUAAAAAUAUCCAUGGUCUUGGCCUCCACAGCCUUCUGGCAAAUAAUUCCACAGCGUCACUACCCUUUGACUAAAGACAUUUCUCCUCAUCUCCUUCUCUAAAAGAAUGCCCUUUAAUUCUGAGGCUAUGAACCUCUAGUCCUAGACUCUCCCACGAGUGGAAGCAUGCUCUACACAUCCACUCGAUGCAAGCCUUUCCCUGUCAAUCUGUCCAGCCUCAUUCAGACGGAUGUGCUGCAGAUGUACCCGAUGUUGAGAUUUUGAAGCAACUCCUAGCGUGUUCUUUUUUGGUUUCCAGGCUUAACUGACAAUACUGUUAGUUAACUGACCACACUUCAGUAAUUCGACUUUUGAAUUCUGUGGUGUGGUCUUCAGCGAAUGGGCAGAAUUUAGUGAAAAAGUUGGGACUACCAUAUUUUUUCUCACCAUCAUUUAUAGUGCAGCUUUAAGAUGUGUGAAUUCUGAGGCGAUAAUUGUGAAGAAAUUAGUGAAGUUGGAACAUUUUAAUUCUUGUGUCAUAUGUAAUAAAAAAAUCUAUCCCAUUAGUCUACACUUGCACUCUAAAAAUUAUUUUACUGUCCAAUUAGUUGUGAUUACUUAUGUACCAAAUUAUUCAUUUGCUUCCUGAUUGAUUUAUGGCUCUAUAGCUUGGUAAUAAUAUUCUUUAUACUUGAACAACGAGUUUUGAAGUAUAUGUACAGUAUAUUAUACUAUCCAAUUGUAUUUAAAGCAAAAUCCAGUGGUUCAAUGCAGGCCGGGUGCUUAUCUUCGGAAAAGUUUAGUGAUAAUAAAGAUUAAAUAAUGUUUCUCUAUUUGUCCAUUUCAAAUGUUGGCAACUGUCAAGAAAUUUUCUUUAUUAUAAUAAAAGCCAUCACAAGAAUGUCACAUAAAAAUUUAUUGCAUUCACUUUCCAAAAAAAAAUCCCAUUAAAGUAUUAAAUGGUUUAGUUAUGAAAUAAAAUAUGCUG